AUGACGUGGCGUCAGCGAGGAACCUUACCUUAUUAUUGCUCUUCCAACUUGACCCCGCAUCUUUACUUGAAAAUGCUCUACUACUUCGCUUCCGAUGCAGACUACAAGACUUGCUUACGUGAGUGUGGCAUCAAAGCGAAAGUAUGGCGAGUUUUGGUGGAAAAGCUUCGCGGCAUCUUGUGGCUUGUUGCUGGUGCUCAGCAUCAGGAGCAAAUUGGUGGUAGAGAUCGUAUUGUCGCAGUGGAUGAAACGUUUUUCACCAAGAAGAAGCGAGCUCGGGGUGGUUUUGCUGGAAGACACACAGCCGGACAUGAUACACUGGUUUUGGGUAUGAUCGAGUUGGAUCUUCGCACGCGAAGAGCAACUGGUCGCUGCAGACUGCAGGUCAUUCCGAAUCGGAAGAAGGCGACGCUCAAACGACAUCUGAUGCAGCAUGUUGUGCCCGGGUCACUGGUGUUUACGGACGGCUUGAAGUCAUAUGGCUGGAUGUCGGCGAGAGACAGUCCUUUCGUCCAUCGUCAAUCACAAGAAGAGGGAAUUCAGCAGGGUAGAGACGGACAGGAGAUCAAUGUCUCUUCAAAUGCUGCGGAAGGUCUCUUUGGAAGAUUGAAAUCGUAUGUCCGGCGCCGGGGCAUCAAACGAGUCUCAAGACAGUGCUAUGGAAAGGUGCUUGCAGAGUUUCUUUGGAGACAAACGUGCUCAGCCAAGCAGGAAGAACCUUUUUCCGAGCUGCUCAACGAGAUUUUACUUUGGCAGUUUCGACACCCACACGCUGCCAAGCACGCACCCAGCCUGGAAUCUUCCGUUCCCGAAGAUUUGAAGGCAGACUUUGCGAAUCUGGUGGAAGAUGAGAUGCCAGAAGCACCGCGUCAAGCUCCGGCACCGCUUGAACCUGUUCAUCAACCACCUGCUCCGCCUGACGAGUCUGAAAUGCCACAGGUUGAAGUUGCAGCCCCCGUACUUCCACCCCGGCGCGCACCUCAAGAGGCGGUGGAGGCUUUCCUUGCCCAGGCGCCACAGCCCGCCGCAGCAUCUUUGCAUCCGGGUCCACUUCAAGCAGAAAGCAGCACAGACAGUGAAGUGGAGCUGGUUCUUUACAAGCCUGCUCCCAAGAAGGCCAGGACUUCUGGCCCUGCUAUCAAGAAGGAAGGAUCUACUGCAGAUCAUGUUAGCUUGCCUGUGUUUUCACCACCGCGUGUGAAAUUAGAACCGUUGUAUUGUAGACAAGGGCAUGCCCUCAUGUUUGAAGACCCUCCGGCACAGGUGGUGCUGAACCAACGGGAGUGUGUCUAUUACGAAGUUACUUGUGACGUUUGUGGUGCCAUGUCCCCGCAGGGGACAUACAAAUGCAAGGCUUGCAAUUGGGAAAUCUGUGAAAGGCGCGCACGUGCAAACAGCCGUCCCCGCCUUCUCACGUAG